AUGCACAACACAAUCGGUAGAAAAUUGUUCUUAAGUGAUGAGGAAAAAAAGGACUUGACACUGUUAGAACUGGAAAAGCUAUUAUCAGUGUAUUACAAAAACGAGAAAGAUUUUCCCAACAUGCCUCUGGCUUCAGAAGGAAAUAAUGCUAUGACUAAUAAUAGGUUGUUGUGGGAGGAGUUAGCAUACGUUCGUGUCACUCUAAUGGAAGAGAUAGAAAGGACACUAUCGUCAUCUAUUAGAGGUAAAGGUGAUAUUGUGAUCAAUGUGGCAUCGAGUAGUAUAGCAUCUUUACUUUUACCAAGUGGACGUACUGCACACUCAAGGUUUGCUAUACCAAUCUCCCUCAAUGAAGACUCCACAUGCAAUAUUAGUCAGGGCUCUGACCUCGCAGAACUUAUUGUUCAAGCUAGAUUGAUCAUUUGGGAUGAAACACCAAUGAUGCACAAGCAUUGUUUUGAGGCAUUGGAUCAAACGGUGAGAGGUUUAUUACGUUUUGUCAAUGACAAUAGUGCUCAUAGGACAUUUGGGGGCAAGACUGUUGUGCUGGGUGGUGACUUCAGGCAGAUAUUACCAGUAGUUCCAAAAGGUACCAGACAAGACAUUGUUUGUGCGAGUAUAAACUCUUCAUACCUAUGGAGAAAUUGCAGGGUAAUUCUCCUCACAAAAAAUUUGCGUUUACAAAAUAUGGAACAGGGUAUGCAACAACAUAAACUAGAUCAAUUUGCUAAAUGGCUUGCUUCACUCGGUGAUGGUACGAUUGGCGAAGAUAAUGAUGGUUACGCUAAUGUUGAUAUUCCAUCUGAAUUGUUGUUGAAAUCAGCUGGUGAUCCUAUUGCCACUAUUGUUCAAAGUAUGUUCCCGAACUUUAGUGGAAGUCAUAAUGAUGGGAGUUGUUUUCAAAGUAGUGCAAUUUUAGCAACAACACUAGAAGUGGUCAAUGAAGUUAAUCAAUACAUGUCAGACAUAACUUUUGGAGAAGGAAAAACAUACUAUAGUUGCGACACAGCAUGCAAAGCAGAUUCUUCCAGCUCAAUACUUGCAGAUGUCCACAUCCCGGAAUUCUUAAAUAGCAUACGAGCAUUUGGCCUUCCAAACCACUCUUUAACAUUAAAGGUUGGAUCUCCUAUGAUGUUAAUGAGAAAUAUUUACCACACUCUUGGCCUUUGA